UAAUUCGUACACUUCUUAUCUUGAAAAUGUUUAAGGUUAUGUUAUUUGAUUUAGUACGUUAUAAACUCCACCAGGAACGUUGCAUGUUCAUAUCCUUUUUGUUAGAGUUUUCGUAUCUGGUUUAAAAAGGAAGGAAGAUUAAAAAUAAUAGGUUGUAGCAUUACGACUCACGAAAAAGUGUUAGUAAUUCAUUUAGAAGUAUGGGAUGUUGUUACAGUUUCUGCAAAGAAGACAACGGGCCACAGAGUGGGGAAGUAAAUGAAAGGACACACUUGUUGGUAGAUCCUGUCAGUAAUAACACAAACAUACCUAGAGUACAUAGUGAUGAUUAUGUUAACCAAUAUGCAAGCUCAGCACCUAAGAAAACAGAUGAACAAAGUGCAUUAAAUAGAAUUUUGCAUGAAACGGCUGCUAAUGUGAUAGAUGUUGGAGCAUUAGAUUCACAUAAUUUGGAACAGCAUGAAUAUAUGGAUAGAUCACGUGCAUAUUCUAAGCGUAUAGAAGCUGUAGGUAUUAAAGUCCCUGAUAGUACAUCUUGUCUACUUAAAGAUGUUCCUGCUCCAGAGAAAAUAUUAGCAGCAGAUCCUCUUGCUGCUGGAGAUCAUGGGCUGAUUACAGAAAUGCUCAAUAAGGCUGUAAAAGCAUUAGAAGAUGUAAAUGUUGAACACAAAGAGGACUUAGUUGUUCCUUUCUUAUCGUGA